AUGCUUUCCUACGACGAUUCUAACAACCUCGGUCAUCAGUCGCCAUUUGUGCAACCAAGUGGUUUUAAUCCUCUAUAUGCAGCUGCUUCGGAUGUUCUUGGAAUGGGACCUCCUCCAAACCCUCGCAUUCCGCUUGUUCCUGCUUAUGCGUCGAUUGGAUCUAAUUCUUUCGUUGACACCGCAUUUGCUAACGGUCAAGCCCCUUCGACAAUGGUUUCCAACGCUUCAGGUCACCUAUCUUUACCUGAUUCUUAUUCAGUUCCUCCUCGCCCACACUUGGAAAGGGCGGGGACGUCUGCUUCGGUGAAUUUGACGACCUACAAGAGCAAAGCGAUCGAUUUAAGCGCCCCACCGUUCACUAAGGAGUAUAUUGAUCAAUACCGUCACCGGAUCAAGGCAGAUCCUGACCCCGAGGCUCAUUUCCUGUACGCUAAAUAUCUCAUCGAUGCAGCGAAAAAAAUACGGGCCUCAGCUAAAGACCAGCGUACGGCGAAAAAGUAUAGCGAAUUGCUCAUAGGAGAGUCUUUGAAGGUUAUUCGUCGUUUAGCAACCCAGGGAGAGGCCUACGAUGAGGCUCAGUUCUUUUUGGCAAACUGCUAUGGCACUGGAGCUCUUGGUCUUCAAGUUGACCACGAGAGGGCCUAUCAUCUAUAUUUGCAAGCAGCAAAGCAGAAUCACGCCGCGGCAUCUUACCGCGUCGCAGUGUGCAAUGAAAUCGGUGCAGGAACAAGGAGGGAACCACCGAGGGCUGCAGCUUUUUAUCGUAAGGCUGCCUCGUUGGGUGACACGCCUGCAAUGUAUAAGCUUGGGAUGAUCUUACUUCAAGGUUUGCUAGGCGAAUCUAAGAAUCAGCGAGAGGCGAUAAAUUGGUUGAAGCGAGCAGCAGAGCAAGCAGAUGAAGAAAAUCCCCAUGCGUUGCAUGAGCUUGCCUUGUUGCAUGAGCAACCUGCUGGAACAUUGGUUACUUACGAUCCAGGAUAUGCGAAAAAUUUAUACACACAGGCGGGCCAGCUUGGGUAUACUCCUUCGCAGUAUAAACUGGGCCAAUGCUAUGAGUAUGGGUCUCUAACCUGUCCUGUCGACGCAAGGCGAUCGAUCGCGUGGUACACCAAAGCAGCGGAGAAGGGGGACGCGGAGGCGGAGUUGGCCCUCAGUGGUUGGUAUCUCACUGGGAGUGAAGGUGUGCUGAAGCAAAGUGACUCGGAAGCUUAUCUAUGGGCCAGACGAGCUGCAAACAAGGGAUUGAGCAAAGCGGAGUAUGCGGUCGGAUACUACGCUGAAGUGGGUAUCGGCAUCAAACAGGACAUAGAAUUUGCUAAGCGAUGGUAUAUGCGAGCUGCAGCCCAAGGCAACAAGAGGGCAAUGAACAGACUGACAGAAAUGAAACGAAUGGGAACUAAGCGUGCCAACAUAGCGCGCCCAACGAGACAACAAGCCAAAGAUGAAUGCGUUGUAUGUUGA